AUGGCGCCGUCUGCCACGCCUUCCGGCUCGACCAAGCCUGCCACGCGCUCUCGUCUGAACUUCGCCUCCGUCGGAAAGGCCUUCGCGGAUGUCUUGAACAAGGACUCAUAUGGUACUCCAGCCGAACGUACCUCCUCUAAGCGUGGGAAGGAGAAGGAUACACCCAAGGAGAAGGAAAAGAAGGAGGAUAGCAAGGACCCCGAGAAAGCCGCGCGCCGUACCAGCACCAUCCCCCGUCAAUCACUCAACUCGAGGCCGUCUACCGCAACAGGUACCACCGGAAGUGCGACUAUCACACGUGCCUCGCGCCGGACGUCUGUUCAGCCCGCUAACGUGGCAGUCACCGAGGAUGGCCUGCUCGCCAAAGAAAAGGAGAAGGAUAACGCUCUGAGUCCCGGUGCUGCUCGUCGCGCCAGUCUGCGCCCUCGGACUGUUGCCAGCGGAAGUGCGCUGCCGAAGUACCGGCCCCGCAGUAUGCUUGUGGAGAAGACUUCAUCGAAGACUCUGAUUGAACAAGACGAGGCGCCGGUCGCUAAGGAGAAGGAGAAGCGCACGCUGAAGAGCAAGAAGCGCCUCGAUGCUGCAGAGGAGGACUCUGACGAUGCACUCGCUCGUGCUGGUGAUGAUCACAAGACCAAGCACCGGGACCUCAAGCACGUUGUCGCUAUCGCGCCUGGCACGCCGAUCUCUCGCGUCAAGAUCCCUACGACUAAAGCUUCGGCAUCUCCCGUGACCCGGGUCAGCAAGUCCGGUCAUGUCAAGAGCGCAUCAGCGUCGAGCGCUAUCCCGCGUCCGCCCUCUGCUUCGUCUUCAAGCUCUGGUCACCAUGCGCAGACGCCGCAGACCCCCACUCCCGUGCGGCGUACGAAGGCGUCGGCCUCCUCCACGAAGCAUAGUGCCAGCCCGCUCAGGCAGACCGCUUCCACGUCGAAGGCCCACCUGGCGGAGGACUCCCCACUGGGCCGCUUCGCCAAGUCCUCGAAGGGAUCACAGCCUUCGCCUGGCUUCAGCGAAGGUGAUUCGACGGACGAUGUAGCCUUCAUGUUGGGUGGAGUGGUCUCUCCGUCCGCACCAACGCCUGCUAUCCCACGUCUCGUACGCACUGCGGCGGAUACCUCUCGUGCGCCCGAGACCCCCACUCGCCAGAAGACCGGCAAGAGCAAGUCGUCGCAUUCCAAGGCUGCUUCAGCCGAUGCCGCCGCCCACCUCGACCUACCCGGCCGACAGGACAUGUCCUACCUCUCACCCCUCCCACCCGGUUCGGACCCCUCGCCUCGCCGUCGCGCCGCCUACCGAGGCAACGACCGCGGCUCACUCCUCUCCUGGGAACAACUCGCAGCCGCAGGCGAGCGCUCCCUCGGCGAAGGCGAAGCCGCCGCUCUACUCAAUGAGGUGUCCGCCCCAUUCAACCCUUCAUCCGCCGGGCCCGCAUCGCCGACAUUCAGCGCGCUGGAUCUGCCGAACGUGCCACAAACGCCCGGGUUGUUGAGCGUCAGCAUGAGCAUGGGGAGCAGUAUGAUGAGCAUGACGAGGAGCAGCUCAAGGGUACCUCCUACGCCUGGCACACCGGACUUGCCGAGUCCAGGAGGGUUCGGCUCGAUCUCUCAGGUGCUGUUACCGGAGGUCACCCCCUCGCCCGCACCUCUCCGCACGGGCCUCGCAAGCCCACAAGACAGCGCAGCCGGAACGGCCGUGAUGCUUCGCCUCCAACUCGCUUCAGCCGAACAACUCGCCAACGAACGACUUCGCUCCGUACAGAACCUCGAAGUCGAGCUGCAGACUGUACAAGAGCAAGUCUCGGCGCUCGUGCAGAAGGUCGCGGAGGUGGAGGGCGAGAAGAACUCGAAACUCGAGGGCGCAAAGGCUGCGCGGUUACGCGACGCGAAGGAGCUGAGCGAGCAAGUCGCGUUGUUGGAAACGCAGAUGCGCGCUGCUAUGGAUGCGCGAGAGUCCGCUGCGGCUGAACAUGCCGCCCGCGUUAGCGCUUUGGAAGCCCAGCUCGCUGCUGCGGAGGAAGAGAGGCGGCUCGAGGCGGAGAGGGUUAAGGCAGAGGCGAGGAGGGAAGCGGCGGAGGAGGCGAAGAAGAGUGUGGGGAAGGAGACGAGGAGGUGGCAGGCGGUCUGCGCUGUUGGAGAGACCAUCAGGAGGUGGGAGCAUGUGGGCUCUUCGGCACGAUCGGAGUUGGAGGAUAUCAAGGCGGGGCGAGAAGUCCUGGCAGUCUUGCUCGGUGGACUCGAUCGUGGAUGCUUUGUAUAA